CGUGAAUCGUCAGUGAUUAAGCUGUUGAGCGAUUUCAAAAAUCCGAGAUUGGUACCUAAAUUGGAACAUUUGGACCCAGAGACGAUAACUGGGUGCAUCAAACGAUUUCUGAAUGAACUUCGAGAUUCGGUCAUUCCGAGUUCAUCAUGGGAGGAGUUCGUGCGUGCAGCUGAAACAGAUGACAUUGAGUCGUUGAAUCACUCAAUCAUGGAUCUUUCGUAUCCGAAUCGCGACACACUCGCCUAUCUUUGUGCUCAUCUCCAAAAGGUAUUUUCUUAA